GAUGAAAGCACUGAACAUUGUGAUAUAAUCAAUAAUAAGAACCACAAUCUAAAAAAAAAUUAAAUUGAAUGAUGGUGUCAGCGCUUACAACAAGUUGGGCAACUCGUAAGUAUUUCUAUUUAUUUUUAUAAUCUUCUCAAUAGCUCUGAAUAAUCAUUCAAUGAUAAAUUCGUAAAGCAGUGUUUUUUUGAAGCAUAUAUUAUGAGCAG